UGUGUUUCUGUGUAGCGUAGCUCACAGGUAGGGAGCUCCAGCAGCCUCAAUCCAUCCUCGGUGUGAAUGUGCGGACCUCUGUGACAGCACAAUUAAAAGGUGCCUAACACAUUCCUCUACAAACUGCAAACUGCAGCGCCCCAAAUAACAAGCAGGACAGCUUCUAAAGUGACCACUGUUGACCAGUGCAUGUGGUAAGCUUGCGGUGGAUUUCCUGGAAGCAUGGUGUGAGUUGACUUGAAAGAUGUGACUGUGGAUGUUCCUCAAGCUUGUGUGACUCCAUCACGAAACUUUGACGUUGUCCUCUUCACGAGCACAGGGAGAAAAUGCCGAGACUGGUGGCUACAGAUGUCUUCAAUUCCAAAAAUCUGGCCGUUCAGGCACAAAAGAAGAUCCUGGGUAAAAUGGUAUCCAAAUCCAUCGCCACCACCCUGAUCGAUGACACCAGCAGUGAGGUGCUGGAUGAGCUGUACAGGGUGACCAAGGAGUACACCCAGAACAAGAAGGAGGCAGAGAGGGUUAUCAAGAACCUCAUCAAGACGGUCAUCAAACUGGCCGUUCUCCACAGGAACAAUCAGUUCAAUCAAGACGAGCUGGCACUGAUGGAGAAGUUCAAGAAGAAGGUGCACCAGCUGGCCAUGACGGUUGUCAGUUUCCACCAGGUAGAAUACACCUUCGACCGCAACGUGCUGUCCAGGCUGCUGAACGAGUGUCGGGAGCUCCUGCAUGACAUCAUUCAGCGCCACCUGACCGCCAAGUCUCACGGACGGGUUAAUAAUGUCUUUGACCAUUUUUCAGAUUGUGAUUUUUUGGCUGCCUUGUAUAAUCCCUUUGGAAAGUUUAAACCUCACUUACAGAAACUUUGUGAUGGCAUCAACAAAAUGUUGGAUGAAGAGAACAUAUGAGAUUGUAAAGUAAGAUUGUGACCAGCAGCGAUUUAUGUGACGCAGAGCACUGAUGACUCAUAAAGGGAAGACAGAGACAGAUCACAUGUAUUUCAGAAAGGCUUAGCCCCAUACGACCUGUUGUUGUUGGACAUUAAUAGUAGUAUUUCUGUAUGGCUUGUUGUAUUUGAAAGAAAGAAAAAAAAGCAUAUUGCCAAAAAUUCUGGCUGAAAAUGUCUUAAUGAAUGGUAGGAUAUGGGAAAAAUGAACGGUUGGUCAUUCAGAUGUCGAAGGAUACAAAGACAGAUGAGUGUGGCCCCAAGCGCUGGCACUUCUUGUGUUUUAGGGAAAUCGUGUUGGUGACAUGUUGGAUAUUUCUAAUAUGUAUAAAGCUGUGUAUCUUGACUCACCUUGA